CCCGCUUGUGGCGGGUUACUGAAAUCGUGGACGCACUCCGUACUAAUUGCUGUUUCAACACCGCUUGUUGCCGGAGAUGCUGACAGAUAGUUGUUUGCCGCUGGCUGUACGUGCGCAGUUCACCGUUGUCCUCCUGUUGUUUUCCAGUUUCACCUUGGCAGUUGCAAAGGAACAUGACACCUUGCAGGUUUCAGUGAACAGCAGUGAAUCACACAAGACAUCUAUCGAACUGAAUGAAGUUGUCUUUGUCAUUCAAAGCCAAAAGCAAUCUUUCCAUGCAAGUCAAGCAACAAAACUGAAACAAGACAUCUUACUGCAGGCUGAGGCCUUUAGUCAAUAUCUGCCUACGGUGUUGUUUAUUCAUGAAUUGAGCAAGCACGAAGGAGCUUGGACCAUCAUUCCCAUAAUACCACACCUUUCUACUACUUAUGGCAAGAAGUCAUGGAUUUUCUUUUGUGAAGAACAAACAAGAAUAAAAAUACCAAAGCUGUUGGAGGUCCUUAAUAGAUAUGACAAAAGAAAGGAAUGGUUCUUAGGAAAGGCUUUGUACGAUGAACAAUCUACAAUUAUUCAUCAUUAUGCUUUUGCUGAAGAUCCAGUCAUUUUUAAGUAUCCAGAUUUUGCUGCAGGUUGGGCUUUGAGCAUUCCACUUGUCAACAGACUUGCAAAAAGAUUGAGGAAUGAAAACCUUUCUGCAGAUUUUACGAUUGACCUGAAACAUGAGAUCGCACUUUUUAUUUCACAAACAUCGGAAGGUCCUCAGCUGACCCCAGUGAAAGAAUUUUGCACAGAAGAUGUAAACACACCUGAGGCAGUUAACUGUGCUACAACAUUUCACACCUACCUUCCAUUCUGCGGAAAAUUAGUAGAAAAAGAAAACCUCUUUUUUGCAGUAAAAACUUGCCAAAAAUUCCAUCAGGAAAGGAUACCUAUUGUAAAGAAGACUUGGGAAAAAGAAGCAGCUCUAAUAGAAUACUACAGUGAUCAUGCAGAUAGCUCAAUUCCAACCCUGUACUUGGGGAUACCAAACACCGAAAGAGGGCAUUGUGGCAAAACAUUUGCGAUUCUUAAACGAUUUAUUAGUAAUGCUGUUCCUGAAGUUCCCUGGCUUAUGAUUGUGGAUGAUGACACUUUGAUAAGCAUCCCAAGACUGCAAAGGUUACUGAGCUGCUACAAUCCUGAAGAGCCAAUUUUCCUUGGUGAGCGCUAUGGAUAUGGCCUGAGCACUGGUGGAUACAGCUAUAUUACAGGAGGUGGUGGAAUUGUCUUUAGCCGAGAAGCAGUAAAGCAAUUACUUAAAAGUGGAUGCAGUUGUUACAGUAAUGAUGCACCUGAUGAUAUGGUUCUAGGGAUGUGUUUCAACAGCCUUGGUAUCCCAGUAACACACAGUCCACUUUUCCAUCAGGCUCGGCCAACAGACUAUCCAAAAGACUAUCUUAAACACCAGGUUCCAAUUUCAUUCCAUAAACAUUGGAAUAUUGAUCCUGUUGAAGUCUAUUUGACUUGGUUGGCAAAUGAAGAUGACCUCAAUUCACACCAAACAGUAAAGAAGCCUAAGAAGGAUAGGGAAGAUUUAUAAAUGCCUUUUAAAUACCUCCCUUAAUGUUCACUAAGAAUUGAAUGCUUGAUGCAUUUUGAUUGUCAAAACAUCUUCUAAAAUGUACUUUCAUAUUUUUUCCUUUAUUCUUUUAUAUUACUUAGUUAAAUGUUGACUUGUGUUGGUAAUUUUCUUGGUCAGCAUUUAAAAUGAUAUAUCUGGAAAGAUGUGUGCAAAAUAUGCUUUUCUGAUAAUGUUCAAAGAGUAUGUCUAAUUUUGUAAAAAUAAAAUUCUAUCUAUAUAUAUA